AUAUAAAGAGAUAUGAUAUCCGAAAAACUAAAUUCAAUUAAAAAUUACCAGGAAGAACGGUAAAUAUUUGGAUGAAGAUCUCGAUCAGCACAUUAUCUCGUUUCUCAUUUUGGAUCAUUGCUUCUUAUUCUUAUAAUAUCCUCUUCCUGUUAAACGGAGUUCAAACGUACCACGUGACCUGCGACGAAAACAACGUUUGUCUGAAUAACGGACAUUGCAUAAUCAACGAGAAAGUCGGAGCUCCCAAUUAUUGCGAAUGUCCUCCUAAUUUCGUAGGUCGCAAGUGUGAAUAUCUAAAUCCUUGCUUUCAUGGGGAUAUAGGGCCCUUGACGACCCAUUUCAAGCUAAUCAAUUCCCACAGGUUAUACCCGAGUCACGUUAACAAGAAAUUAAUGCGGGAGAAACCUAACAGCGAACUUAUCAACAAUAAAUGUCACAAUGGGGGCUCUUGUAACGUUGUUUCGCCAUCCGUCGAUAAGCCACCCACUUUUUAUUGUCAAUGUACGGUGGGUUAUCAAGGGUCCCUUUGCGAAUUACCUACCCCUGGAAAUAUUUGCGAAAAGUCUAAAUUUUUACCGUAUCCGGGGUUAAAUGGCACUCAAAAUGACGAGAUUGGUAUGAAUAAAAAUGGUACCCAAAACGGGUGGCACCUUGUCAACGCAACUCAACACUUUUUAAUAGGCGGAUUGUGUCAGAAUUCGGGGAUUUGCAAACUACUGGUAUCCGAGACGGAAUAUAAAUGCGUAUGCCCAGAGGGUUAUAAAGGUAAACAUUGCCAAUACCUGAACCAUUGUCACGGUAACCCAUGUUUAAAUGGAGCUCGAUGUAUUUCUCACAACGAUUCUUACUAUUGUGAAUGCCUGGCUGGUUUGACGGGUAAAAAUUGCGAGAAAGAUAUAGAUGAAUGCGACGUAACCUCUAACCAUUCUGCACCACCCUGCAUGAACCAAGGAACAUGUCUAAAUACCGUUGGAAGCUACAAGUGUUUGUGCCCUAUAGCGUUCAUUGGAGAAAGAUGCGAGAAAAGAUUCUAUCCCUGUAACCCAUCUCCAUGCCAGAAUAGAGGCAUGUGCCACAUCACCGGCGAUUUUACUUACAAAUGUCAAUGCCAACCUGGGUUUGAUGGCGAAGACUGUGAAAAUAACGUUGACGAAUGCGCGCUGGGCCAUAAAUGUCAAAAUGGUUCAACCUGUUUGGAUCGAAUAAAUAGUUAUACCUGCCAAUGUUCUCCACAAUUUAAAGGCACAUAUUGCGAGCUGGACGUAGAUGAAUGCUUAACUAUGGGUCCCUGGCACUUAUGUAAAAAUGGCGGAACAUGUAUAAAUACGCGUGGCUCUUAUUAUUGCGCUUGCGUUAACGGGUGGACAGGGCCGGAUUGUGGAGAAAAUAUUGACGAUUGUGCUAUCAUGGCCUCUUCUUUAGAUGGUGUCCAACAAACAUCCGUCUGCAUGAACGGUGGCACAUGCCAUGACAGGAUAGGCUCAUAUUAUUGCGCAUGCCCACCGGGAAAGACGGGCUUGCUUUGCCACCUGGAUGAUGCAUGUGCUGCACAAAAUCCUUGCGCAGCCGGCUCUAUUUGCGAAACGAAUUUCAUAAAUGGGGAUUUCGUCUGCUCUUGCCCUUCCGGUAUGGAGGGCACCCUCUGUGAUAUGGAUGUCGAUGAAUGUCAGAUGGGGUCGCCUUGCGAACACGAAGGUACCUGCGUAAAUACUCUCGGUUCUUUUGAGUGCGCGUGCAAAUCUGGAUUUAGCGGACCUAGGUGCGAAAUUAAUAUCGACGAAUGCUCCUCUUACCCAUGCCUAAACGACGGGACAUGUUUGGACGAGACAGAUAAAUUUACAUGCGUAUGUAUGCCCGGGUACACCGGGGACCGUUGCGAGGUUAAUAUCAAUGAAUGCGGCGAAAAUCCGUGCCACAAUGGAGGACUAUGCACAGACCUUAUCGAUGGCUUUUUUUGCACGUGUCCCCUGGGUUAUGAAGGUAAAACGUGCGAAAAAAGGGUGAAGAAUGAAUGUCAGCAAGCAGAAUCGCCAUGUUCGAACGGUGGGAUAUGUUUAUCAGACUCGAAUAAUGGCCAAAUAAUUGGGUAUAAAUGCGAGUGCCUUCCUGGUUUUUCGGGUAAUAAUUGUGAGAAACCGAUAAAUCCGUGCCUCUCCCAGAAUCCAUGUAACAAUGGUGGUCGCUGCAUCAACUUAUCUAAGAACCAACGCACCUCAGAUGGGCUUGAUUACAACGGUCAGAACCGACUUCCCUACCAAUGCAAGUGUCCUUCUAGCUUUAUGGGCACACAUUGCGAACAUUAUAUAAACUAUUCUCGCCUCCCGCCGUUUUAUUCAUAUGACUACGAUAGCAAAGAUUGUCGGAAUAAUAAUAAAGGCUGCCUCAACGAGGGAAAAUGUCAAAUGGUGCCACUUUUAACGGGUAAUGAAAUGGCACACCGAUGUAUUUGCUCUAAUGGAUUUACUGGGAAAGCUUGCGAAAUCACGAUCAACGAAAAGCCUCGAGUUAUUGAAGCAUGUCUAAAAGCUACAUUAGCAGAAAACGGAAUAGAUUCUAGAUAUAUUGAUUUAAAUAAUCUGUAUUAUGAAGAGGACGAAGCGUCAAGUCAAGGUUACAACCGUUUACCUUCAGGUAGAGCCCCUUGGUCUGCCGCCGCUAUUAAAACCUUAGCUGGCCCAUGCCAUAAUGGAGGAACUUGCAUUAAUAUCAAAAAGGAAAACGCAUUCGAAAGUAAUGAUAUAGAUUAUGAAUGCGUAUGCCCUCCUGGUUUCACAGGGCCUAGAUGUAAGCAAGAAAUCGAUGAAUGCGCUCUCGUUUAUCCAAUAUAUAUUUAUUCUCGAGACAAUAGAAACGCGACCUCUCAUACCAUCUCUCACGCGACAAAUCAAACCGUGAUCGGCCCUUGUUUAAACGGCGGAAUUUGCAAGGAUUACGUUGCCUCUUACGUUUGCGAUUGCCCCAAGGGUUGGAGUGGCCCUCGUUGCCAGAUCAACGAACCGGAUUGCACUCCCACGGCUUGCCUUAACAAUGGAAAAUGUAUAGACGGUAUAGGGGAUUACACCUGCGAGUGUAAAGCUAAUUAUGGUGGCAAGCAUUGCGAAAAGUACUUGAUUUCGGAUUCGAUGAUGACGUGCGAAAAUUUUGCUUGUUUAAACAGGGGUACUUGUUACAAUGCCUACGACGAUUCCAGUGAAUCGGGGAGGAAUAAAGAUAUAGAUGGUUAUUAUCAGAAUAGUUUAAACUCGGGGAUCGAAAAAUAUUCGCGAGUGUUAUUAAAGUGUCGAUGCCCGCCGGGCUUUGUUGGGGAUAGAUGCGAAACGAGAAUAGAUCCUUGUAACAGGGAAAGUAUGGCUAUUGUGUAUGGGUUCAGGUAUAUUAACGGGAAAACUGAAAUAGAUUCAAAGUCAUCUAUAUGUGCCAACGGGGGUGUGUGCUAUUCUUUAGCAGGCUCUGCGACUUAUAAUUCGGGUUCUUCUUCGUCUAAGGAAGUGGUUGUACACGAUAAUCAAAGAGCGUUUCGCUGUGAAUGUCAACCCGGGUGGACAGGGGAAACUUGCGAAAUCAAAAUGGUAACCUGCGCAACAAUGAUGUCGCUUAAAUCCGACCAUCUUCCGGUAUGCGGUAAUGGCGGCACGUGCUUGGACAUUAAAGUGACAACCCCGGACCCCGAUUAUUCUUCCUAUUAUAAAUGCCUGUGCAGGGAAGGAUUCAAAGGCAGUCAUUGUGAAAUUCCUAUAGACGAAUGCGCUAUACUUUCCCCUUGUCUCAAUGGCGCUACUUGCAUCAAUUCACAUAAUCUACAUCGCUUUAGUAAAAGAACUGAUAAUAGUAAUACAAAUAACGGCAAACGAUAUGUAUGUGAAUGUCCACCAGGGUUCGAAGGUGAACACUGCCAAACAAAUAUAGACGAUUGCAAGCAUAACCCAUGCAAGCACGGCGGUAUAUGCCACGAUUUGAUCAACGAUUUUAGGUGCUCCUGCCCACCUGGGACUUUAGGGUUUUUGUGCGAAACAAAUAUAAACGAAUGCCAAAACGUGAAAUGCCAUCACGGGGGAACUUGUGUGGAUAAGAUCGGCUCCUUCCAAUGCAUAUGUCCGCCGGGAUUUGUCGGAAAAACAUGCGAAGGGGAUAUUAACGAAUGCAUGGGUAACCCCUGCGACCAUAUAGGAACACGAGAUUGUAUUCAAUUAGAUAACGAUUACAAAUGCGUUUGCCGACCCGGGUUUAAAGGCAAGCAAUGCCAACUCAAAUACGAUACCUGUAGAACGAAUAAAAAUCCUUGUCUGAAUGGUGCCACUUGUCAUACCAACGCAUUUGAUAGCAAGGGAUUCAAAUGCAAAUGCAAGCCAAACUUUUACGGGGAUAUAUGCCAAAACACGGUUAAAUCUUGCCAAACACACCCUUGCCGACCCGGGGAAUAUUGUUUAGACGCUGGGCCUCUUAGGCGUUGUUUUUGCGACCUAGACUACAGUGUUGAAAUUAUCAAGGAUUUAGAUUUGGAGAAAAAAGAUAUAUAUGCCAAAGAUAAUGACAAGAAUAACGCAAAUAGAUGUAAUUUCUUUGCAAAUGUUAGAGGCACAUCAAAGUCACCUUCCACCAAUCCCAACUCUGAUACAAUGAAAGAUAUCUCGAAUGACCAGCAAAACAUUAAUAUUAACAUUCAAGAUAGACUGAUAGCUUGCCAAGCACUGGGUUGCACCAACCCUGAGAAUAUGUUAGGAAACGGCCAAUGCCAACAAAUUUGUAAUUUACCGGAAUGCGACUGGGAUGGAAGGGAUUGUUCUUUAGGAUUAGACCCCUGGGCCCAUUGCCAUAAAGAUUCUUCUAAAAUAAAGGAUAAUAAUGUGAAAUUUAGAAAUUCUGAUUCCUGUUACAAAGUUUACGGAAACGGAGUGUGCGACCCCGAAUGUGACAACAGGGGUUGUUUGUUUGAUGGGUUCGAUUGUCUAGAAAAUUAUACAUCGAGUAGUGAUCAUGAGCGACGAUCUUAUGAUCCCAUUCCUCCGAAUCCAGGUGAUAUUGGCAAUGAAAAAAGCGAUUCCCAUGGUUAUGCUAGCAAAGGAACUUUGAUCAUAGUAUUGAACACGCAGAUAACCGAUAACAUGACAAACUUAUUUGACCGUGGAAUAACUUUGAAAAAUGGUGACGUUGAGGCAUCUAUUCCCAACCCUCUAUUGAAGACCCUAUCGGACUUACUCAGAGCCAAUGUGAGAUUUAAGCAAGAUAGGUGGGGUAACCCCAUGAUAUUUCCUACUUUACUAAAUCCCAAUAAUGAUAGGCAGAAGUGGAGCGCUGACCGUCCGGAGGAAAAAAUAAUCGUCGGUUCCAAAAUAUUUUUGGAAGUUGAUAAUUCUCGCUGUAGCGUUAAAGAAAUUAAUUAUAAUGAUGAUGAUGAUAGAGAUAAAGGCGAAUGCCUAGCUAACGUUAACGAUGCUGCCCGUUUUAUAGCUGCUAAAGCUGCUAGGAAGAUAUUGCCUCCUCAAUUAGCGGCCCUUGUUUCAGUCAGAGGGGAAGGUGAUGAUAAUGACGAAGAGACAUCCAACGAUUCUGGUACUGGAUAUAAGUCCCGCUCCGCCUCCGUUAAUCAUUUAACCUAUAUUUUUUCUAUCGGGACGGCUCUUCUAUUGGUAUCCCUCAUAGUGGGUGUGAUCUACAAUUCGGCUCAAAAACGCAAAAGAAUUGGUAGAGGUAUAACCUGGUUUCCCGAGGGUUUUAGCCUUACCACUCCCCCUAUGCACUCCCAAAAUUCUCAAAACCGGAAAAAGCAUAAAAAACAACGCCUGGAUAACCCGUACGACUAUUCCUUCUCCCAAAAUUAUCCUAAUCACGAAAAAGAGGGUUACAACUAUAACUACGAUUAUAAGCAAUCUCAGAAAAGGGGAAUCGAUAGGUUGGAAAGAUUUGAAUCAACUCACAAAAUAGUUAUGAGUGAAGGGGAAGAGGACAAUAAUGGCGGAGAAUACAAUGGGGAUAUAGACGGAAAUUCAUUCGAUUCAAGCAACGGCCAUUGGUCCCCGGACAGCCAAUUUGAUGGCAGGAAAGGGCCGGAGGGCCAAGAAAUGAAGACCAAAAAAGAUAUCGCAUCUGUUGUGACUACAAAUUUAAGAGGAAACUUUUCGACGUUGGCUACCAAAAAUUUUUACCAAACCCACGAAACACCCGUUUUUUUGACGGCCCGCAGAGCACCAUAUUUUAACGUAGACCAAAAUCAAUGUAAAAUAAAGGAUGAAGAAAACCCGCUAUAUCCACCUGGCUCUUACCCUCAUCAAAUUAUCAAUAGCGGAUUGUUGACUCCGCCUUCCCCAACGACAAACUUAAACGCUUCUAAAACUUUAAAAUCCUCCAAGCUCAAUAAGGCGGACGAACAAUAUUCUGGAAGCCGAUAUUUAGUAUUGAAAGAUUUAAGCUCUACUACUAACGAUAAAAGUGUGAUUAAUUUUGAAGCCCGGACUGAAGAUACUCUUGAAAAUCCCUUACAUUUAGCCGCGAGGUUCGCUAGGGCUGAUUCAGCACGCUUUUUGCUUGAAGCUGGAGCUGACAUUAAUUCGGUAGAUCAUUUAGGUAGAACUCCACUCCAUACAGCUAUAGCCUCAGAUGCGACGGGUGUAUUUCACUUGUUAAUGCGUUAUCACAAAUCAGGAUUGAGUCUAGAUUCUCCUUGCAAAGACGGGACUACUCCCUUAAUAUUGGCUGCGAGAGUAUGUUCCAACGAUAGUCGGAUACCUUCUACCUUGAUUGAUUGCAAUGCCGAUUUAAAUGCCACGGAUGAUUUAGGAAGAACGGCAUUACAUUGGGCGGCCGCUGUUAAUAACUACAAAACGGUGUCGCUAUUACUGAAGAAAGGAGCUAACCCUGAUGCUCAAGAUUUAAAGGAUGAAACAGCUAUAUUUCUCGCCGCAAGGGAAGGUUCGUACGAAUCCGCCAAGAUACUUUUGAUAGAUCAUAAGGCUAACACGGAUAUAGCUAACAACGUGGACAUUUUACCUUUAGAUGUUGCUAAGGAAAGACUCCAUUCAGACAUUUGUCAACUCAUUACUCACAAGAGAGAACGUAAUAUAACGACACCUUACGAUAAUGCGUCUCCUACAAGCCAGAGCGGUAAAACUGGGGCCAAUAACAAAAGUGUGCUCUGUUCUACCAAAUUGUAUCCAAUUCUUGAAAGUGCUAGCGAGGAGAAGGCAACUGUUGUUAACAUAAACAAUAGUUCUGGUAGUAAAAUUGGUAGAAAGAAUAGUGUCACCAAUGGAAAAAGGAAUAGUUUUAAUGGUAAAGAAAUCAAAGAACAUAUCAAGAAUCCUUUAUCAAAAAACAAUCAUCAAUAUAAUAAAAGCGGUAAUAUUGUUACUACUCUACCAAAGACAACAGAGCUAAUCAUGAUGCCAACGGAAAAUAAUAAACCACUUAAAAAUAUUGAUAGUAGCAAUGCUAUUAGUGCACUUAAGAAUAAAAAUAAGAAUUAUAACCAUGUUCAAACCACCUUACCCCGACAGCACAUCAACUAUUGUAAUACAGUAAAUGAUAGUUCAAGUCCUGUUAAUUAUUAUAAUGUUGGAGAAAUAACACCUCCACCCACACAUUUAAACACUAAUACCCACAAUUCUCACAAUAAUCUAAACAAUAUCAAGAAUAUGGAAAUAAUCAUAACAUCUAACACCAAUGCUAUUAAAUGCUGUUCAUCCCUUUUAACACCCGAGAAAAGUCCUCAUUACAAUCAACCGAAUUCGGGUGUAAAAAUACAGUAUAACAACGAGAAUAUUCAGCAAAAAUCUGGAAGUAUAUGUGAUCCAGCUAAUAACCAUGUAGAGAACCAAAAUAUCGACAAAAUGAUCCAAGAUGAAGGGGGAUUUAGAUCAAUAGUUAAUAAUUAUGAGAGAAGUUACAUGAGUGAUAUCACUCUAAAACAACAACAAAAUUCUCUUUAUUAUGACCAAGAAUUUAAGAUAAGCAGCACACCAAACCCUCCCAUUCAAUCAUCUAAUCCACCUAAUUCUCAAUAUGAUAAUUCACAUCGCGCAGCAGACAAUACCUUGAGGCUCGUUAAUAAUAGUGAGAAAGAGGGAUUCGUGGAUUACUAUCCCUCUUAUUAUCACGUCAAUCAACUUCAACAAAGUCUGAAUCAACAUCCAAAUUACGUUAAUAAAGGACAUUUUUACAACACUAAUAACAUAAAUCACAAUAUGGGUCUUUUGCCUUUCGUAUCCCAUUACGCUACGAAUGAUUCAAGUUCAUCAAGAGAAGAACAUUCUUCGUCUAACCCGGCUUCCAUGAUGACUUCUGUAUUCAGAAAAGAAGGUUCUGAUCCAUCAAAUUAUGAUCAGUGCUAUGGCCAAAAGCGAAAUAACAACCCCUUAUUUGACUCUAUAUCAACUUUAACUCUCACUCCCCCUUCACAUCAUACUAUAAUCAACUACGAAAAUCCCAAUAACCUUAAUAGCAAUGAUGACAAUAACAAUAAUAUCGGACAGUGGGAAAGUCAAGGUAUGAAUAAUGCUAAGGAUGAAUAUAACAAGAAUAGAGGUUUUACAAAUCCUAAUCAGCAGGGAUUAUCUCAACGAGAUCUCAUGCUAGUUUCCUAUCCCACUCCUUCACCGGAGAGCCUUUUGGAAAAAUGGUCUCAACCAUCAUUAUCCCCGCCCACAACUGGUUAUCCAAACGAGGAAUCAAAUUCCACUAAUUCCAGACUAGGUGACAAUUUUAGCGAAGAAGACCUACUGGCGCUUGAUGACUUACUAUGGUCAUCGAUAAAUAAUAGCCCUCCUACUAUAGAUAAAAAUCACAAUGGAGUCGGAGACAAUGGUGGGAAAGAUUUAGCAAAUUCAGGUCAUAUCGGUGGGAGAGCAGGUAAUAGCAAUCAAAAUUAUGACACUUUUGGGCGGAAGGAAGCUAUUUAUAUAUGAAAAAAAAUAUUACCCUAAUAUAUUUUUUAUUUCGUAGAGAUGGCAUAUCAAAACGUAUGCAACGUAUUAUAAAUUCGCAUAUUAUUAUACAUAACAAAUUUUUCUUAAAAGAUAUAUUUUAUACAAUUAUAUUUUUUGGAUAAUAGUUUUAAAUAUUAUUUGUGAUAUUAUGAAAUUUACGAACAAAAUAUUUUUUUAUUCAUUAUAACGUACAUGCUAUUUUUUAAAAAAAAAAUAUAUAUAUUUAUAAUAUUUAAUUAAAUCAUUUUUUAUAUAAAUCUGUAUAAACAUUGUACAUAUG